AUGUCAUUCUUAACUGGAUUGCUAAAAUCAGUUGUUGUUGUUGUCUUAAUUGUUGCUAUUGCCAUUCCGUUGAGAUACGGUUCGACAGACUAUCCGUAUCUCCGUGCUCGUGUGGCUCAUUCACUGUUAACAUUUCGAUAUUCGUUUGCAUCAGAUCCAGAUCGACCUCAUUUAACCGCCGAGUAUCGAGCUUUCGAAACGCUACUACGUCUUCGACCAUUGCUCGCUGAUCAUCUAUAUGCAGAUCCCAGUCAAGCUAUUAAACUUUUACGUUUACAUGUUCGUUCGAAUAACGUCAGCCCCAAACCAUCAGAGUGUCAAAUUGACAAAGAAGUGUUUGUUCAUAAUCAACAUUCGACUGAUGGAUUUUGGAUAAAUCAUCCGCCGAGAACUUUUCAGAAGAAAAUCGAUAAACUUCUACUGUACUUUCACGGUGGAGGAUAUGUAUUCGGUGAUAUCGAAACCUAUCGUGGAUUUGAAUGUUAUCUCUCACAACUUUUCAAUAUGACAGUACUUCAUUUGGAAUAUCGCCUGUGUCCUGAACAUACAUUACCAGCUGCAAUAGAAGAUGCAGUGGCUAUAUAUCGAGCAAUUCUUAACCAGGGCGUUUCUUCAUCACAAAUUAUGAUCAUGGGCGAUUCAGCCGGUGGCGGUCUUUCUCUAUUGACAACUCAAGCUCUACUGACUCAACAACUACCUCUACCACGUGGUGUUAUCGUUCUUUCACCAUGGGCUGAUAUAUCCAUUUCUAGUGAGAGUUAUACACGAAACAAAGACAAGGAUGUUAUGCUUCGUUUCGACCAGAAAGAAUGGCUGAUAGAACAACUGCUCGGUUCGAAUGCUUCGCAGUUGUCAGCCGAUCAUCACUCUGUUAGUCCAUUAUUCGGUUCAUUCGAAGGAUUUCCAUCUCUAUUUAUCAAUGUUGGUACAGCCGAAACGUUAGAAGAUGAUUCCAGAAAAGUUUUCGCCAAAGCUAAAGAAGCCAAGGUGGAUGUUACUUUCGAAGAAGGUGAACAUUUAAUGCACGUUUACCCAAUGUUCUUUGGUUAUUUUCCUGAAGCGAGACGUACAUUAGAAAAUAUUCGUCAAUGGAUUCAAACGAAAUUCGAUCAAAAAUUGAACACUUAA